AUGGCGGCUCUCAGCUUGGGCCGCGGCGUCUGGAGGUUCCUGGGAAGCCUGUGCAGGCGCUCGGUGCAGCAGAUACGGCUGCUGAACGGGGCAAGUGCGCCCAGCUGGCCAGCCUCCGGGAGACCCAGCAGCGCCUCUGCCACUGCCACCGCCACCGCCACCAAGGAGCCCAGCUCGUACUCCGCACUGAGGGCGCAGGCGGCCCGGGAGCCAGCUGCCUUCUGGGGGCCGCUAGCGCGGGACACGCUGGUGUGGGACACCCCCUACCACACCGUGUGGGACUGCGACUUCAGCCGUGGCAAGAUCGGCUGGUUCCUGGGAGGCCAGUUAAAUGUGUCCGUUAACUGCUUGGACAAGCAUGUUCAGAAGUCCCCAGAGAAUGUCGCUUUGAUCUGGGAGCGAGACGAGCCUGGUACCGAAGUGAGGAUUACCUACAGGGAGCUGCUGGAGACCACAUGCCGCCUGGCCAAUGUGCUGAAGAGUCAUGAAGUUCGUCGAGGGGACCGUGUGGCCAUCUAUAUGCCUGUGUCCCCACUGGCUGUGGCAGCGAUGCUGGCCUGUGCCAGAAUAGGUGCCAUCCACACAGUCAUCUUUGCUGGCUUCAGUGCAGAGUCUUUGGCUGGGAGGAUCAAUGAUGCCAAAUGCAAGGUGGUCAUCACUGUUAACCAGGGUCUCCGGGGUGGCCGUGUACUUGAGUUGAAGAAGAUUGUGGACGAGGCUGUGAAGCUCUGUCCCACUGUGAAGCACAUCUUGGUAGCCCAUAGGACAGACAAGAAGGUCACCAUGGGGGACCUGGAUGUUCCCCUGGAGCAGGAAAUGGCUAACGAGGAGCCCGAGUGCACGCCAGAGAGCAUGGGCAGUGAGGACAUGCUUUUCCUGCUGUACACUUCAGGGAGCACCGGCACACCCAAGGGGCUCGUGCACACCCAAGCAGGCUACCUACUUUAUGCAGCGCUGACUCACAAGCUUGUGUUUGACUGUAAGCCAGGUGAUGUCUUUGGCUGUGUGGCUGAUAUUGGCUGGAUCACAGGACAUAGCUACGUGGUGUAUGGACCACUCUGCAAUGGAGCCACCAGUGUCCUUUUUGAGAGCACCCCAGUUUACCCUGAUGCUGGUCGGUACUGGGAGAUGGUGCAGCGCCUACAGAUCAACCAGUUCUACUGUGCCCCAACAGCUGUGCGGCUAUUGCUGAAGUACGGUGACACCUGGGUGAAAAAGUAUGACCGCUCCUCCCUGCGCACCCUGGGCUCAGUGGGAGAACCAAUCAACCAUGAGGCCUGGGAAUGGCUGCACAAAGUGGUGGGGGAUGGCAGAUGCACACUGGUUGACACCUGGUGGCAGACAGAGACAGGUGGCAUCUGCAUCUCACCACGGCCAUCAGAGGAGGGCGCCGAGAUCAUACCCAGCAUGGCUAUGAGACCCUUCUUUGGCAUUGUCCCAGUUAUUAUGGAUGAGAAGGGGAGCAUUAUGGAAGGCAAUGACAUCUCUGGGGCGCUGUGCUUCUCACAGGCCUGGCCAGGCAUGGCCAGGACUAUCUACGGGAGCCACUCCAGAUUCAUGGGUGCCUACUUCACAGUCUACCCUGGCUACUACUUCACUGGGGAUGGAGCACACCGCACUAAGAGUGGCUACUACCAGAUCACGGGGCGGAUGGAUGAUGUCAUCAACAUCAGCGGGCACCGGGUGGGGACUGCAGAGAUUGAGGAUGCGAUGGCCAACCACCCUGCAGUGCCAGAAACUGCUGUCAUUGGUUAUCCCCAUGACAUCAAAGGUGAAGCUGCAUUUGCCUUCAUCGUCUUGAAAGACGAUACAGAUGACUUAGAUGUGGUGGUGAAGGAGCUCAGGUCAGCAGUGGCUACCAAGAUUGCCAAGUACGCAGUGCCUGAUCAGAUUCUGGUGGUAAAACGUCUCCCUAAAACACGGUCUGGAAAAGUCAUGAGGCGGCUCCUGAAGAAGAUAGUCACCAGCAGAACUCAGGAUCUGGGGGACACCACCACACUGGAGGACCCCAGUGUCAUCGCAGAGAUACAGAGUGCCUACCAGAAGUACAAAGACAAGCGACAUAACUCUUAG